CGCAGAAACGAUGGACAGUGGUGUUCGGCGACGACAGAUGAGAAAAAAAUAAGUGCUAUUGUUAACAAGACGUCUCAGCUGGAUUGUGCUUGCAAUCACGAGAAAGAAUGGCGUGUCUGAAGAUUUAUAUUGUUUUGCUAUUGGCCGUUGCAAUUGGUGUGGUAGUUGCAAAACCAGGAUAUUUAGGCUAUGGAUACGGCUAUCCGUACUCAUAUGGUUAUAGGUAUCCAUUCUAUGGCUAUGGCCAUGGCUAUGGCCAUGGUUAUGGCCAUGGGUACGGACAUGGAUAUGGUCAUGGUUAUGGAUACGGAUAUCCGUUCGGCUACGGGCAUUACGGUCACUAUGGCUACUAUUAAGGAGGACAUAAAACGACGUCUUUCUUCUGGAUUCUCUGGAACAUCAUCCGAAGAAUGAGCUUAGUUCAAAAACAAUCUAUGUCGCUUUUUCUCUAUUAUAUGUUUUUAACGCCAAGUCUGAUUGAACGCCAAGACUAAUACAAGAUAUUAAUGUCUGCGAAAAAAAAUUUUAAAAAAGUACAAAGCUUUUUUUAAAGAAAUUAUAAAAUCGCAUAUACAUGUUAUAUAAGAUAUUCAUAAAUCAUAAAUAUAAUUCUAUUAUAAAAUAUAA